AGAGAGCGAGAGAGAGACAGGAGAGCGAGAGAGAGACAGGAGAGCGAGAAAGAGACAGGCCUCCUCUACCUCUAACGCCCGUAUGUCUGUGAUGGCCGAACACAUGUUCCUGCUGCUGUGUGUGUUGUUUUAGGUGGGUGUGUUCAGUGUGUGUGUGUGUGUGUGUGUGAUGGGGAACACAGAGAGCAUGGAGAGUCAGCUGGCCGUGAUCCGGUCCAGAGCUGCUCCGGUUCGACUGCCAAUGCCCGACCCGGCGGAGCUGGAGGAGAGGUUCUCCAUCGCACUGAACUCGAUGAAUCUUCCUCCUGAUAAGGUUCGCCUUCUUCGUUCCUAUGACAACGAGAAGAAAUGGGAGCUGAUCUGUGAUCAGGAGCGGUUUCAGGUGAAGAAUCCUCCGCACACGUACAUCCAGAAGCUGCGAGGUUUCCUCGACCCAGCCGUCACACGCAAGAAGUUCCGAAGACGAGUUCAGGAGUCCACUCAGACUCUCAGAGAGCUCGAGAUCUCACUUCGAACAAACCACAUUGGGUGGGUCAGAGAGUUCCUGAACGAGGAGAACCAGGGCCUGGGCGUCCUGGUCGAGUAUCUGUCCUUCGCUCAGUAUGCGGUCACGUUUGAUGGCGAGCAGUCAGAGGGCGGGGGCGAAACCUCGUCCAUCGACUCCCCCUGGAGUCGGUCUAUAGAGGAUCUCCAUGGCGACUGCAGUCUCCCCUCCCCGUCGUCAUCCAUCCCCCGAGCAGCUCGACACUCCAUCAGCUCUGCUCUGGUGACUCGCUCCAACACGCUGCCGAGUCGACGCACGCUAAAGAACUCUCGACUUGUCUGUAAGAAAGACGACGUCCACGUUUGUAUCAUGUGUCUGAGAGCCAUCAUGAACUACCAGUACGGCUUCAACAUGGUGAUGUCACAUCCUCACGCUGUCAAUGAAAUCGCCCUGAGCCUAAACAACAGAAACCCAAGGACCAAAGCUCUGGUUCUGGAGCUGUUGGCGGCCGUGUGUUUGGUGCGAGGAGGUCAUGAGAUCAUCCUGUCGGCCUUCGACAACUUCAAAACCGUUUGUUCCGAGUCACUGCGCUUUGAGAAGUUAAUGGAACAUUUUAAAAAUGAGGACGACAACAUCGACUUCCUGGUGGCCUGUAUGCAGUUCAUCAACAUUGUGGUUCAUUCAGUCGAGGACAUGAACUUCAGAGUUCACCUGCAGUACGACUUCACCAAACUGAACCUGGACGAACACCUGGAGCGGCUGAAGCACACAGAGAGCGACAGGCUGCAGGUCCAGAUUCAAGCGUACCUUGAUAACGUAUUUGACGUCGGAACGCUGCUCGAAGAUGCCGAGACCAAAACAGCUGCUCUGGAACGAGUGGAGGAGCUGGAGGAGAGUCUGAAUACGAUGUCCGAACGUCUCCUGGACGUGGAAAACGAAGCAAUGUUGAAAAUUGUUGAACUGGAGAAACAACUGAUGCAAACCAACAAAGAACUGGAUCACCUGCGGGACGUGUACACCAACGCCAACACUCAGGUGCACACACUGCGGCGAAUAGUUCGCGAGAAAGACCAGACCAUCCGGCGACAGAGUCGCCUGGAACGCCAGGCUCAGGAAGCACAUCAGGUGGGAGGGGCCAAUGCUCCGCAUCCACAGAGAGGGGAGGGUGACGGAGGCGUGGCUGAGUCCGCCUCUGCAUCACCUCCACCCUGCCCCAACCUGUCCCCCAGCCCUGAGACCGUAGCCUAUCAAAUCAUGGGACCAAGUUUGGGUGAAGCUUCAAAUAUACAGGCUCCCCCCCCUCCCCCUCCUCCCCCACCAAUGCCAGACACAGAGUCCAAUGGUCCGUACCUCACCCCUCCCCCUCCUGUUCCUCCUCCACCACCUCCUCCACCUCCUCCCCCCUGUCGCAACAGCGAGCUCUCUUCCAUUCCGAUGCCACCUCCCCCUCCACCUGUGGCCCCACCUCUCCCAGGGUCAGGCGGGUCACCCAUGGUCAUCUUUAACUCUGGACUCGCAGAGGGGGCGCUCAAGUUACUUUCGGUGAAGAUUAAGAAGCCAAUCCAGACAAAGUUCCGGAUGCCGGUUCUGAACUGGGUCGCUCUAAAACCGAAUCAAAUCAACGGAACCGUGUUCAACGAUGUGGAUGACGAGGCGGUCCUGCAGGACCUGGACAUGGAGGGGUUUGAAGAACUCUUUAAGACCAAGGCUCAGGGUCCUGCACUCGACUUAACUCUUUCUCGGCAGAAACUUCCUCAGAAAGUUGCUUCUAAAGUUUCUCUGCUGGAAGCGAACCGAGCAAAGAACCUCGCCAUCACAUUGAGGAAGGCAGGGCAGGGGUCAGAGGUCAUCUGUCGCGCCAUUCAAAUGUUUGACCUGAGGACAGUGAGGGUGGACUUUGUUGAAUGUCUGAUGCGUUUCCUGCCAACCGAGGCGGAGGUAAAGCUGCUGCGUCAGUACGAGCGUGACAGGAAACCGUGCGAGUCUCUGAGCGACGAGGAUCGUUUCAUGAUGCAGUUCAGUCGCAUCGAGAGACUUUCACAGAGGAUGAACAUCAUGACCUUCAUGGGAAACUUCACUGACAACGUCCAUAUGCUAACGCCACAACUUCAUGCCAUGAUCGCUGCUUCAGUUUCUAUCAAAUCAUCUCAGAAACUCAAGAAGAUUCUGGAGAUCAUCUUGGCUCUGGGAAACUACAUGAACAGCAGUAAAAGAGGCGCAGUUUAUGGAUUCAAACUACAGAGUCUGGACUUGCUCUUAGACACCAAGACGACGGACAGGAAACAAACGUUGCUUCAUUACAUCGCUAACGUGGUCAGAGAGAAAUAUUCUUCUGCGUCUCUGUUUUAUAACGAGCUUCAUUAUGUGGACAAGGCGGCUGCAGUGAGUCUGGAGAAUGUUCUGUGUGACGUCAAAGAGCUUCAGCGCGGCAUGGAGCUCACGUGGAGAGAGUUCAGUGUUCAACACAACGCCACGCUCAAGGAUUUCAUCAGCAGGAACGAAUCACGACUCAGUAAACUGCAGGAGGACGCUCGCAUCGCACAGGACGCGUUUGAAGACGUUGUCAAGUUUUUUGGGGAGAGUUCAAAGACGAUGCCACCGUCCGUCUUCUUUCCAAUCUUUGUUCGCUUCAUCAAAGCAUACAGACUCGCUGAGGAGGAGAACGAGCAGCGACGUCGUCAGGAGCAGAUGUUGUUAGAGAAACUGGAGGAGCAGCAGCAGGAGGAGGAGGCGCAGACUAAGUCGCCGUCCCACAGAGGGAAACGUCAGCCGCAGGAACUGAUCACUGAGCUGAGACGACGUCAGGGAAAAGACAGCUGCCAUGUUUACGAGGGGAAGGACGGCGCCAUCGAGGACAUCAUCACAGUUCUGAAGACUGUCCCCUUCACCGCUCGAUCGGCCAAACGUAGCUCUCGCUUCUUUUGUGACCCCGCCCACUCUGAGGAACACUACUGAGAGACAACAUGGACGACCACACGUCUUCUUCAGCUGGUCACGUCCAUUUCUAAUCUACGGGACAAAUCGGCACUUUGAACUUUUGUGAUCGAUCGAUCAUCGAUUGAUGUGAACUGAUGACAUCACUUGUUUACACCGUUAGAGGUCACCUGACCUUUGACACCUGGACCUGGGUCAAAGGUCAGGUGACUUAAGGUAAGGCGGACCCAGAGAUUAAGCUUUGAAAAUGAAAAGAGGAAUCUGUUCAUCAUGUCCAUCAGGUGGCGCUGUUAGUGUCCCUAACCCAGAGACACGCGUUACGUCAUCAGUGGACACAACAGACACGUGUUACGUCAUCAGUGGACACAACAGAGACACGCAUUACGUCAUCAGUGGACACAACAGACACGUGUUACGUCAUCAGUGGACACAACAGAGACACACUUAAAGGACAAAGACGGACAGUGACAAACCUUAAAGGACAAAGACGGACAGUGACAAACCUUAAAGGACAAAGACAGACAAAGACGGACAGUGACAAACCUUAAAGGACAAAGACUGACAGUGACAAACCUUAAAGGACAAAGACAGACAGUGACAAACCUUAAAGGACAAACCAUGAAAAAUAAGGACAGUCACUGAUGAAGACACAUGAUGAACCUAAGAGACAAAAAAAGCUCUGGACCAGGAGAGACAAUCCUUGACCAAGCCCCUCCCCUUCCCUAACCUUUGACCUUGGUGUCAAACAAACAGCACAAACUUUUCUACGUGAAUUAAUUUUAUUUUGUAGGAAACAUUUUAGUGACGUUCAGUGUUUGUUGUGGUGAAAGUGAUGUGGACAUUAAACACAGCCCGUCCUCGUGA